AUGGAGGAGCGGCAGGCCGCCUACGACGCCUGGCACGCGGAGCGCGACCCGGCGUUGCUGAUGUUCCGGCGGCUCUUCGGCGCGGCGUGGACCGAGGAGUUCACCCAGGAAGUGCUCUUCCCAGGAUCUAAGGCCGGGCUCGGUUUCGGGCGGUGUCGCUUUCGCGCGAGGUCAAAGGUUGGCUCGAGUUCGUAG